AUUUGCUGUGGAGCGUAUUAUGGGUACGGAAAAUUUGGCAUAAGGUGAUAGCAGUGGUAAAAAGUGUGAAAAUAUUUACAUUAUCGUGAAGCCAGCAGCAGUGUUUUAAGAUUUUACCGCAGAAAAUGGAUUUAGAAAUCGAAGCACAGAAGCCGACACUGGAUCUGGCCAAGAAAUGUCUCAAGAAGGUCCCCAAAAUGGAGGAUGCUCAACAGUACAAAGUGCUGUUACUGGACGACAAUGAGCUGCAGAAGAUUGAUAAUAUUGAUUGCUAUUUAAAAAUUGAAAAGUUGUCGCUGUGCAAAAAUCAGUUACUGCGGAUGUACGGCGUUUGCCGAUUGCAUUGUUUGCGGGAGCUGAACUUGUCGUGCAAUGGAAUACUGACCAUCGAAGGGCUGAAAGAUUUGGUGCACCUCACGCACUUGAAUCUGGAGUGUAACAAUAUCAAAACAAUUGAGCAUUUGAACACUAACGUGAACCUGCAGGUGCUGAAUCUAUCGGAAAACAGUAUCACCAGCGUGUCGGAUAUUUCGUUUUUAAAAAAUUUAAAGGAACUCUUUCUUAACGGGAACCGCAUUUCGCAUUUAAGACAGUGUGAUAAGUAUUUACCUCAGUCGCUGGAAACCCUAACACUGGCAAAGAAUAACAUCUUCGAUCUAAAUGAAAUCUGCACGCUGAGCCACCUGAACAAUCUGAAUAGCAUCACAGUGGCCGACAAUCCCUGCGUGCAGAUGACCGGAAACGCAGUCGGAUUCGACUAUCGUCCGUUUGUGCUGAACUGGUGUAUGAGCGUGAAACAUAUCGACGGGUUUGUCGUGACUGCCAUCGAAAGUUUGAAGGCCGAAUGGUUGUAUAGCCAGGGACGGGGCCGUCAGUUUCGGAUAGGGGAGCAAACGGCACUCGCCCGUUACUUGAGCAGCGUUUGUCCGUUAUCCGGCGAAGCGUUGGAGAACCAGAACGAGCGUAAGCUGCGAUUGAUUCUCAGUAAAGCGCAACAACACCAACGGCAGCUGCAGGAACAAACAACCCUCGGUGCUGCUGACGGAACGAACCAGUCGGCCAACAAUUCACCGUCGUCGCUCCGACGGAAAGGCCAAGCAACACGCAUACAAUCUCCGCGUGUUUCGCGGCUCAGUGGGCGCCAAAAUUCCCCAGACGCCAUGUCGAACAGUUACCAUGGUAACCUGUCCGUGAACAACUCUUUGUCGUCGGGUCACAGCGACAACAGCUCGGGAGGUUCGCAGCUGUUUGAAUUGACCCGCUCGCUGAUCGACAACAUUACGUCGGAUGGUGGCAGUAUCAUGUCGCAAAGUUUGGACCCCAACAUGCUGGCCACAAACAACAGCAGCGGCGGAUCAAACUCGAUGACCGAAAGCAUCAUUCUAAGCAAACAGCAAGCCACGGCGAAUCAAAACCACAGUGGACUUUACAAUGAUCAAUCCACAACGCCGCUGCCGGUCGUUUUGAGUGACGGUCCGUUGACUGCGGCAUCGAAGAUGGUUCCUGUUCCGGAGUCACUGAUGAGCCCGGACUGUGGGCCAAGCACAACCACCGCGGCCAGCAUCGUGCAUCGCAAUAUGCAAAACUGCAACAAACAACCUCAGCCGCAAACUCCGCAGAUCCCGAAAGCCAUCAAGACAAAGGACAGCAACCGUUCGGUGGGCCAGAUCGGUGGCGGCAUUCCUGUGACGAGCGCGGCCACAAAGAGUGGCAGUCCGCGGGCAGUGAAGCGCAACAAUAGCAGCGAGCGUUCGUCGCCAUCGCUUUCACCGCGCAAAACCCUCACGAAUCACGCCACCAACGGGGCGCCUCAUUCGCGGCCCGUUUCGGCCCAAUCGAAACACUCGGUACAUCCGGCGACGGCCACCCCAUCGGAGUGUGGUUCGAGUAACGCCGUCAGUUCGGACGAGGAAAGUGAAGCGAUCAAUGUCGAAAAACUGCGUACCAUACGCCACAAGGCGGCACAGCAAACGCACCAUCCGGGGACGAGUAGAAUCAAAGAGAAGGAGCCUACCGCACCGAAAGCCACCACGUUGCUGGACGUCGUCGCGAUCAUCGACGAUAACAAGGCGGCUGAAAAUUCGGCCAUAUUCAUUCAGAAGAUUUGGCGCGGCUACGUGGCCCGGAAGCGGAUGCGCGGGGUGGCCGAGAAGUUGUUCCAUAAACGGACCAACGAUCACAUCCAGCAGCUGACGAAGGACAUGAUCGUGACGAAGCAACAGCUGGAAGCAGGCCGCAAGAUUCAGCAGCUUCAGAUGCAAGCGCUGCGGCAACUCUGGCGGAAGGUGUCCGCGAUGAACAACGGCAGCAAACCGUCGAUCAAUGCUUGCCCGACGCAGGACGACGAGGAUGAUGGAUCGGCCGGGUGUGAACCGUUGGCAGGCGACGGAAGCGAUGGGGGCGGUCCCACCAGCAGCACAUUGCAAGAUCUCACCAAAUCGUGCUCGAUGCUGAUGAACCAGGUGCAACAGCUGCAGAGUGCUGUCCAGGACAUUGUGGGUUGCAUGCAGUUUCUGGUGCACGUUCCUCAGUCUUCGCAGCAAAAGCACUGUAGCAGUGAAACACAAACGGAGAUCGUUGCAGUGCACACGCCUCAAGCGGAGCAGCUGCCGCCCGAUAGCUUUCCAAUCGUCAAAUCAAGCACCGGUGUGCCAAACAAGGAGCAACACCCGCCGCAAGGCAACUCAGCCAGCAACAAGCUGACGAGACCCUCGACGUUGCCCAUCGGUUCAUCGGAAACGUCACCAAAGAUUGCCAUUGAGCAGGAAGUGAAGUCAACGGAAGACGAUAGAAGGAGUGGCACUCUAGGAAGCGGAGGUCAACCUACACUGCUCAUAAUGGAAGCCGAUCGAGGAAGCGAAGAGGAGAACAACGACGGAGAGCAGAAGGAAUGCGACGAUCGCGAAGUGGAGGAAACGAAGGUUUGCGCAGUGGCGCCACCGGAAGUCAAGGUCACGAUCACGGAAAAGGCUGACCAGUGAAAACGGAACGCUUCUCUGACAUACGGUGCAGUUUUGAUGAGGCGUUUGUGCAUUUAGAAGCCGCGGAAUUGUAUUUGUUGAUUAUUUUUAAGCUAUUUAUCUAAACAAGCCAGCAAAGAAGAUCGAUGGUUGGCCCAAUUUUUAGUGAAAUUCGUCUUCUGUAAACCCUUUGGUGGCCAUGCGCAUUUGGCAAGCACUUCUUCCCGGUUAGUGCAUUUUCAAAGCCGGAACUUCCGGUGAUAAUUCCGUAACAACAGCCUCUCUGUACCACCGUUUGAGCGGAGAUAGUUUCAUCGGCUACACUUGAUCGCCUCCAGAAGCUGCCCGCGUUCCGAUUUAUGAUUAUUUUACCUCCGAUCUACACUACAAGUGCCUGUAAUUAUAAUUAGUUGCAAAGACUAACGAGUAAAUGAUUCUACCUUAAGUGAAGUGAUGGGUGUGCUAUCAUAGGGUCGACAAAUAAGCAUCGUCUGCGAUCAUGAUUAGUUGCUAGCAGCAUGAGAUUAGUUUUAAUUCCUACGAUCGAUUCACCCAGCCUAGCGAAGGGCGACGAAACAUUCCAACGAAGCGGAACGGUGGUUCACAAAACAGUAAUGCCAAAUGAUGAUGCACAGGACAGGAAUGCUCCAGGGCGGUGUAGGUUUCCGAUUAGUUUUACAUUAAACAGUAGAAGUAACACCGAUAGAAGUAGAUUCCGAUAUGCAGAUGUUUUCCGGAUAGCAGAGAGAGAGUAUCUUAGAGUUAGUAGAGAACCUAACAGGUAGAAAACCCGCCACAUGGUCGGACAUUGUUAUUCGACGCGUCACGUUUAGAGGGCGUUUCGCUAACAAUCGAAAACGUUUUAACACCGAAAAGGUAAUUCCGUUCCGUGUCCCCGGAAGAUUAUCUACCUAUGUAUCGUUCCGCAAAUAGGAUCUCUUAAAAAGUUCAUACUUUUACUAACCGGCAUCGUAGUAUUAGUGGACAGGUUACGUUAGUUUAUCACAUUUCUAAACAUUCGCGCGAUUAGCACUACAUAGGAGUAGAGUAGGCAACCGAACCCGUUCAGCCCCGAUCGCUUUUACUGUGGGUCAAUGGACCCUACACUUCUCAUGCUCUGUACUCUGUGCACUCGCAACCUCUGAUCUCUGUCGUGCUCCGCGUGCUAUUGGUGUGCUUUUUGCGCUCGCGUUUCCAUGCCAACCACCGGCAUUCGGUUGUGCAGAGCGCCAAUGUGUGCGAAAGGCAGGCGCUGGCAAUGUCGUCCCGUGUUCAGCUUUCCGUUCCUAGGAGUGAACUCUUGAUAAGA